AUGGACCCGAAUUCCUCAAAGAGCCAGUGGGCAUCGUGGGUGCUUGGUCAUCUCAGGUUCGCGCCAAACGAGCUGUCUGUUAUUGACUCUGCAGUGUGGAAGGACGUUUACGGACACCGAACAACGAAUUUGUUCACAAAGGAGAAGGCGUUCUACGGUCCAGACUUCUAUGGUAACCCACCUGGACUGAUUCGCUCAGACAACGCAUCUCAUGCAAGGCAACGAAAGCUGGUAUCCCAUGCGUUCAGCGAUAAAGCGCUGAGGGAGCAGGAGCAGAUCCUCAAGGGAUAUGCAAAUCUUCUCGUCGAGCAGCUAACCAAAGCUUCUCAGCAUGGUGAGAUGGACCUGGUCAGGUUUUACAACUACACCACAUUUGACAUCAUGGCCGACCUGACUUUCGGUGAACCUCUUGGGCUACUGCAAAAUUCGAAGUACAUCCCUUGGGUUGCGGCACUGUUUGGCAGUGUGAGGCUCAUGACUAUGGUGGGCGUAGUGAAACGCUGGCCCUUGCUCGACGGCCUGCUUCAGCGAUAUCUGCCAAGAGGUCUCAAGGAGAAGAGACGACAGCACCUUUUGUUCUCGAGCGAAAGAGUAGACAAGCGAAUGCAGAAACAGACAGAUCGACCAGAUAUUUGGACGUAUGUCAUGAAGGAAGGUAAAGGCGAGAACGGCGAGAUGACUGGUCUGCUUCCGACGCAGCUUCAUAGCAACGCGUCGACAUUCAUGUUGGCUGGCACGGAGACAACGGCCACCGAAUUAAGUGGUAUUACAUACUACCUCCAUCAACACCCCGAGAAGCUCGCACGUCUGAAGAAGGAAGUACGUGAUGCUUUUACAUCCGUCGACGACAUCACGAUGACGAAGCUGUUGCAUCUGGAAUAUCUCAAUGCAUGCAUAGAAGAAGGGUUAAGAAUAUACCCCCCUGUUCCGGCAUAUCAUUCGCCGUCGAAUUUCAAAGACCCUGACUCUUUCGUUCCGGAGCGCUGGCUCCCCGAGGGACAGCACGAGUAUAGUGCGGACAAUAAGGAGGUGUUCAAUGCGUUCUCGUACGGGCCCAGGAACUGUCUAGGCAAGAAUCUCGCGUACCACGAGAUGCGACUUAUCCUGGCAACUGUAAUGCUCAGCUUUGACAUGGAAUUGAAUAAGGAGGCGGACGAUUGGGCUCAGCAAGAAUGCCACAUUUUGUGGGCGAAACCAGCGAUGAUGGCAAAAUUGACUGUCGCGAAUUAG